AUGGCGACAUUGAUACGAAGAAUAUACAACAGCUAUCGUCACCUUAAUGAAAAUCUAUCAGAUCCUCGGACGCAAGACUACUUCCUCAUCGGAUCACCAUGGGGCUACUUUAGUAUAAUAAUAUUUUACUUGUAUUUCGUGCACGAAUUGGGACCCAGUAUUAUGGCAAAGAGGAAACCGUUCAAUCUGGAUAAAGUUGUACAGAUAUAUAAUCUGGUUCAGAUAGUAUUAUGCGCAUUCUUAUUUUACAAGGCAAUGACCUUAGCCUGGCUAAAUGAUUACAGUAUCUAUUGUCAACCAGUCGAUUUUUCAUACGAUCCUCGCGCACUUGAGAUAAGCAGGAUGGUUUGGUUGUACUUCGUGAUAAAGCUUCUCGACUUGCUCGACACGGUCUUCUUCGUCCUUCGGAAAAAACAAAAACAAAUAUCGUUCCUUCACGUGUAUCAUCACACAGGAAUGACGUUUGGCACUUGGGUAUGCACUAAAUUUUUGCCCGGCGGUCACAUCACUUUUCUAGGUACGGUAAAUUGUUUCGUUCACGUAAUUAUGUACACCUACUAUCUGGUCACCUCGUUACAAAAAGAAACGAACAAACUAUGGUGGAAGAAAUACGUGACACAGUUACAACUCACUCAAUUUUUUGUAAUACUGGUACAUUUUGUACUGUUGGCGUGGGGCGAGGAUUGUGGUUUCCCGAAGUGGACAGCUGCGGUAAUGAUCCCUCAAAAUCUCUUCAUGAUCGUCCUAUUCGCCGAUUUCUAUUACAAAACGUACAUAAAGAAGUAUAAAAAGAGCAGCACAAACGGUAUCACACCGAACGAGAAAUUAAAAAGUCAAUAGAAAUUUUGUUCGUUUGCUCGGAUCUUAUGCGUUUCUCAAUCUGUGACACAAUGAGAGAUUACAUAUCGGAAAUCACAGUUCAUCACAUUUAAUAAUUUAGACAUUUAUAUUACCGUCCAUUACUAUUU